UUAAGGAAAAGCAGGCCGGUGUAUAAAGUUCAACCUGUAACCGGUUAUGUACAACAUAAAAAAGGUGGCCUGCAUUCUGAUGCCUCUAAGAUGAACAGAGCUUCAUAACCAAGCUCUUCUUAACAUAACAGAAGAGAAAACAUUCCUGAAAGGGUCUGGGAUAAGCCAGAACUCCCUGUACUCAGCUGUCUUCCCUCCUGGUUAGACGGUACCAUGACUCGGUUACACAUUAAAAGGCGCCAAACGAAAUACCUGCCGUUUGGCUUUGUGAACCAACAGCCACAGAAAAUCUCCCAAACCAAGGAUUUUUCUGGCCCAGGCCCAUCAGGAAAAAGGCAAGACAACAUGAGUGGCCUGAAUAAUCACAGGAACUGUUGGCCUCUCGUGCUGGUUUUGUGGCUCCUUGUCCCGACUAGCACGCCAAUUCCCACUAAACCAAACAUGGUUCUGAUAAUGGCGGAUGACCUAGGGAUCGGAGAUCUCGGCUGCUAUGGAAACCAUACCUUAAGGACCCCCAAUAUUGACCGGCUUGCAAGGGAAGGCGUCCGUCUGACCCAGCACAUUGCUGCAGCUUCCAUCUGCACUCCCAGCAGGGCAGCCUUUUUGACGGGACGGUACCCCAUUCGAUCAGGGAUGGCUUCCGAGACUGAGGUUCGAGUUUUACGCUGGACGGCUGCAUCUGGGGGCCUCCCUCCAAAUGAAACCACCUUUGCCAAGAUCCUGCAACAGCAAGGCUAUACCACGGGGCUGGUGGGGAAGUGGCACGUGGGCGUGAGCUGUGAAACCCGCAAUGACCACUGCCAUCACCCCCUCAACCACGGGUUCCACUAUUUUUACGGCACCCCUUUGACGCUGAUGCUGGACUGCGGAAAUAAGCACAACCAGAAGGCCCAAGCCCUACGGGCCACCUACUGGUUCUGCACCAGGACGCUAGCCUGUGCGAUGCUCCUCCUGGCCCUGGGAAGGCUCACGGGCUCCCUCCCCAUCUCCUGGAAGACGGUGGGCUGCUUCGGCGUCUGUGUGCUCGUCUUCUUUGUCUCCUGGUACUCCAGCCACGGCUUCACCAGGCACUGGGACUGCAUCCUCAUGAGGAACCACAAAGUGCGUGAGCAGUCGAUGGUGCUGAAGAGGACACCUUCUCUCCUACUGAGGGAGGCGACUUCCUUUAUCGAAAGAAAUAAGCAGGGCCCCUUCCUGUUCUUCCUGUCCCUUUUGCAAGUGCACGUACCUCUUACAACAACCAGAAACUUCCUUGGGAGAAGCCAGCAUGGCUUAUACGGAGACAACGUGGAGGAGAUGGAUUGGGUAGUGGGCCAAGUUCUCAAGACCUUGGACAACGAAGGCUUGACCAACCACACCCUCGUGUAUUUCACCUCGGACCAUGGCGCCUUCAUAGAGGGCCGAAUAGGAGACACUCCCCUCGGAGGCUCAAAUGGAAUCUACAAAGGUGGCAAAGGCAUGGGAGGCUGGGAAGGCGGGAUCCGCGUCCCCGGGAUAUUCCGGUGGCCCGGGGUGCUGCCGGCCGGCCGGGUGAUCCACGAGCCCACCAGCCUGAUGGAUGUUUUCCCCACCGUGGUCCAGCUGGGGGGCGGCCAGGUGCCCCAGGACAGGGUGAUCGACGGGCGGGACCUGACGCCCCUCCUGCGCGGCCAGGUGCCACACUCCGAGCAUGAGUUCCUCUUUCACUACUGCGGCUCCCGGCUGCACGCGGCCCGCUGGCACCAGCGCCAAGGUGCCCGGCUCUGGAAGGCGCACUUCGAGACGCCCAUCUUCUCCCCGGAGGGGGCCGUCGGCUGCUACACCCGGGGCCUGUGCCCUUGCCACGGGAAGGUGGCUCGCCAUGACCCGCCCCUGCUCUUCGAGCUCUCUGGGGACCCCUCGGAGGCCACGCCCCUGUCGCCCGCCUCGGAACCCUCGUUUCACGCCGUGGUCAGCCGCAUCCAGGAGGCCACGCGGGCCCACCGGAGCACCCUCACCCCGGUCCCCGGGCAGCUCUCGGGCUCCAGCAACAUGUGGAAACCUUGGCUGCAGCCGUGCUGUGGCUCCUUUCCGUUCUGCGGCUGCCAGGAGAGCGCCCACCCCCGGGACGAGCUGUAAGGCCGGUGGGGCUCCUAGGGGAGGAAGGUGGGGGGGUGGCACAGAAGGUUGUCCCCCGAUGACCCCCUCCAAGCCUGCACCCACCAAUGUCCCACCAGCUUCCAGCCACUGUUGAUUGCACCUAAUGGGUUUGCAUUAGGCCUUGUAUUUUUUGAUGCCUACUGAGCCACCAGCACAGAAGAAAUGAUGGAGAACCAAUAAAUGCACCCAAAUUUAA